GGCCAAAGUACCUGCGUCCACAAGAAAUAAAGAAGAAGAGAACUCGUCCUCAAGAAAAAGAAGUCGAAAAUGUGACAACGAUGACACCGUCAAGCCAUUUCCAGAAGCGCACCCAAAAACGCCAGCCUUUCUUAAACCCUGUGCCCUCUCUAUGGCCGAGUUAUGCCGGGGCCGCGCAAGAAGCAUCACUCAAGGUAACAGUCGUGACGAGCGAGCUCGCAACACAGCCACUGGCCAAAGCGUAAGCUGCGAUAUCUUGCUGGACCUGCGCCACGGACUGUGUUCCAGUGAGAGGAAGACUGCCAUCAUUUCCGUAUGCUUUGCAUGCUGCACCCUUGGAUUUGCAGCUUGUGGCACCGUUAGCAAAAGCUGUGGCAGCGCUACAAGGACUGAGAACGGUGCCACAAUUUGCCGUUGUGAGACCGGCAGAAUUGAUAGUUUCGGCCGCGCAGAAUGCAACGUUCACGUCGCAUUGUUGUGUGGGAAGGACAAAGGCAGGGCAAGCAGUAUCCGAGACUUGCAGUGCAAGAAUGGGUACCCCUGUACAGACCGUGUUGACUGGCCCAUCUGCGAGGAGCUGUUGUUGGAGUUGCGCAGUUGUCAGACUAAAACCAUAUGCUAUGUUGGUUCCAUAUGCAACAGACAAGACCCCUCUCUGGCCAAUGAAAGAGUUGGCAAAGGCUUCCAUUUGGGCAUUCGAACAUCCACCAAGCACGUUGGGACAAGCCUGACUCUUCACGACGUUCAAGGUUACCAACGGUGCGCAGAGUUGUACUUGUGUAUUGCACACUGGUGCCGCAGGCGUACUGGUGGCUGCAGCUGACGAGGUCGUUGUGCUUGUAGUAGACCGGGUUGUUGAGGUGGUUGACGACGGAAUUGGCAGUGGGAGAAUCGAUGUUGGUAGAAUCGGCGACGGGAGGAGAGAUGUUGGCAAAAGAGAGGUCGGCAGAAGGGACGUUGGUAGAAGUGAAGUCGGCAAAAUGGGAGUUGGUAGGAGGGAUGUCGGUAGGAGGGAUGUCGGUAGGAGGGAUGUCGGUAGGAGGGAUGUCGGUAGGAGGGAUGUUGG